CAAAAGGCCUCCAAGAGGCCCCAAGAGACCUCCGAGAGGCGUCCUUCCAUAGCCAUGUUAGCUCAAGGCCAGCCUAGGGUUCGGGAGCGUCCCGGCCAACGGCGGCGUGCCGAGCAGUAGGGGGCGCCGACGCUAGACAGCACCUGGUCGAGUACGGAGGCGAUUGUUUCGCCACAGUGGCGUCAAUGCGUUGCUUUCUGGAGGCCAUGUCCAGGGCAGCAGCCAGUCACAUCGUGAGCGGAGGCGAUCCCGAAGCGGUGCCCUCGUCUGAGGAGCAAGAUCUGUUUUUCGCGCAGCAAGUCGGCGCUCAUAUUGUGCCGCUAGCUCGCCAGCGACAGCAGCACUUCGAGAGACGCACUGCCGCCGUUCUGGCCGCUAUCAUCCUGGGCAUCGCGGGGACCAUCGUUGCGCUGAGCGGUCGUGCGAAAGGGGGUGUCGUGUUCCCAGGCCCCGUCAGUGAAGAAGCUUCCAGCCUCGGAGUUGCGGUGUGCAUAUUGGGCCAAAUGGCCCGCCUGGAGAUCGACAGCAAAAUUCGGAAUAUCGCAGAACCCAUCGCCAAUUUCGUCAACGUUGACUUUUUCUUGUCUCUUGAGGUUGGUGGUGCAGUUUACAAUAACCAGGAGACGGACACCACGGGCGAGGAGGGAUGCAGCAGCACCGCCUCUUCAGUGGAGGCAGUGAAAGAGGCAUUCGCGCCUUACUUCAGGGGCGGCAGGUUGGAACCCCACAAGAGCGAGAACGUCGCACUGGAUAGGUGGCCAAUGUUGUACAAGUACAAGCACCCGAGUAAUACUUACUCUGACCGUGCAGCCAGGGCUAAACACAUUGCCAACGUGAUGAGCCAGAUGAGACACCAACAGGAGUGUGCCGAUCUCAUUCAAGAGCACGAGGAGUCCACAGGUGGCCGAUACGAUCUCGUGUUGAAGGUGCGAGACAACACUCUUGCGUUGCGACCGGUGGUGCCAGAGAAGCUUCUGAAUGUCACGGAGGUCACUUUCAAGCAUUGCGCAUCUUGGGGAGGUCUUCAGGACAAGGUCAUGCUACUUCCGCGCAGCUACCUUGAGAAGACGCUGGGUGACACCUAUCGUUCCAUGCUCGCGGUUACGAACGACCCAGUGUUGGAUCCGAGGUUGAAGAAGAUGUCAAUGGAGUCAAAAAAUACCGAGCAGGUCCUGAAACAUGUGAUCGUCGCCAACGGCGUUCCUUAUCACCAGAUGAAGUUUGACGAAGAGACCAACGAAUCGCAUGGCUCUGAUUAUUUGCCUUUUGUGGACGGCAGGUGCCAUUCAGGGGGCACGUCUGGCAGUGAAGACCGGUGGUGUGUCGUGUCGCGUUGCAAGGAUUGCUACCCACGGGCGCCCUGGGCAUUCAACGCGUCCUGCUCGGUCGACAUGCACACCGGACAGAUAUCGAAACCGAUCAACUUCCUUGUGAAGUGUCGAUAGAUGUUGCGUGGUAUGCCUACGGAACCUCAAAGAGACUCGUGCAUCGGAUUAUGCGAGUAUUCGCGCAAGUCCCAGCAAAGGCUGGGCGCCUGAAGUCAUGCUUGAUUUGGAUGCAAAAAAAAUCUGAGAGGCGUCCCGAGAGGGGCCGAAGAGCCCAACACCGUUGAUGUUCAUAGGCAAGCUUCCUAAAAACGAACUUCAAUCAAUCGAGUCCACAAGUGUCGAGGUCCAAUGCUCGUCGCCUACCACGUGGGGCGGCCGCUACGUAUCAGUCGGAAGCGUAUGUCUCGUCUCCAUGGUUGGUUUGGCGUUUAUGGGCAGUUCCGGGCGUGUCUUCUUUAAGAAGCAGAAUGAAGGCGUUACCACUGAGGACCGCGCACUUGUCGUUACUUCGAACGCCAUCGCCACCAGCGUCAAACCCGACGCUUGGUAAACCCGAUUGUAGGUCCCAACCGCCUGAGGCCGCCCUCCACCAAACAUAGUUGCAACGCCUGCGUCUACCUUCCUUCCGACAGCUACCUCGCCUUCCGCUGACCAUGGGGUCAACUUCGACCCUUGCCCCUUCUACCCCAGUAUUCCCCCCUCGUGCAUCUUCUCUUCCUUGUGCUCCCGUGCAGGGCCACGCCGAUUUUGAGCGCCAGAAUUCUAAGCAACAGUGCGUUGUUUAGGCAGGCCCGUGCUGAGCAGCAGGUAGGACACCGGGCUGGUGCAAUCCAAGCCCCAGAUCUGCACCGGAUCAACUCUUGUUCUUUUGAUCUGAUUCUAGACGCGUCUCCCAUGGAUCUCCCACGGGACGAUCGUACAGAUAUCAGUGCACUACCUGCGCAUGUCCCUGCGACUGGAGUGGGCAAAGAUACCAGCUAGUUGUCGGUGGCCGAUGUCUACGACGAUUCGGGCGGGGCUGGUCUGGGCCAGUGGCGCG